AUGGAAUUCGACAAAGUUAUCACCAAAAGAUCGGCCAUAGGUUGCCGAGAACUGUUGCCAGGUGAGCACAUGAAUGCCUGCGCCUCAACGUCAUCCGAAUCAUCUCCAGAGGUGUUCAGAGUUAGGGUUCCAAGGUCAAAGCAAGAAAACAAGACAUUGAAAGAAGGCUUUGUCGAUGACAACAACGAAGAUCAGUCCUAUUUCAACUUCCCCGUUAUCUGGCCAGGAAUAGCUACAGCUGUCUUUUCCAUUACCUUAUUUAUCGCAGCUAUAUGCGGCUCAUUAUACACAGAUUACAUACCAACGGAGUUGGAAUUGAAGCGGACGUUUUUCCACAAAUACGGAACUUCGUAUUUCAAGUGUAAUACAACGCUGCCGCUCCCUGAGAAAGGCUUACCAUCAAUUUUAAAUUUGUUCGAGAUCAAUGUCAUUGGCAACGUUUUGUUUCGACUUUGUGUUUGCAUCCCAAUGGUGGUACGGAUCUUUGUCUCAAGUUGUCAUAGCUACAUGCUACGGGCUGAAUACGACGUUCUUCCCUUCUUUUAUCGAGUUUCUGUUGACCUUCUCCCGCUUCUCACUUCUGUAGAGGUAGUGACAUUGUCACUUUUUAGCAUUAUCACUGUUCACAGCGAUUUCCCAGAGAUAAAUAGAUUCUGCAAAGUAGUUUUCGUGAUGACCGCUAGCGUAAAUAUGGUACUGACGUCGGCAGUUCAAUACUCAUUCAGCAAAAGCUCCCAACAGAGGGUGGAUCAUCUGUCAGCAGUAAUAAAGAUAGCUACUUCAUGCGCAUUUUGCUAUCUGUCGCCUCAAUACUUCCAGCAUCAUCACUCGGCCAUUUCCUUUCCUAUAUGCUUCUCGUACAUGCCUCGAGUCUACGCCUUCAUGGAAUAUGUCAUGGUUGCAACCUACGGGACGUUCCACCUAACAUCGCUUAUCGACAUUCGUCACAUCUCAUUCAUGUGCUACCCACGUACCUGCUCUGGAGAAUGUGAACCACUUGAUCCGCUUAAUUUCGUCAAAGGAGCGAAAUUCGAGCAUUGUCGUGCCUUUGAGUACCAGCAACGGCGAGUACGCGACUUGUAAAAGCGAAGAUGUUGCUUGCACCCUCCUUCCCUCCAUGAUGCAUCUCCAAAAUCGAUUCAAACUUGACCCCAGGAAGCUGAUUGUUCUCCUCACUUAAUAUUUACAUAUUUGUUUUACGUUGCUCAAGGCUUGAUUUGUUUUAUUCAACUUUUGAUCGCCUAUCUGUAUAUUUUGUCCUUCAACGCUAGCAUAGCUUCUUAUAGGUUUUCUGCCAUGACUAAUGUCCGUUCCAAUUCUAUUUGAAAUGCACUCUGAAAUAAAAACAGUGUCUUUGCU